AUGGGCAAAUUGUCGCGACCUCCAGUGUAUGAAGUUCACGACCAAAGUCAAGUUUCAAAUUCAGACGAUUGCUUUUUCCGCUAUUUUAAUGAUGGAGUUCUAGAUUUAAUCGGAAUUGCCAAAAAAUAUAGUGAUUAUGGUGUAACGGUUGAAGAUAUUAAGAAAGCAAACCCCGAUAUUCUGCUUUCGAUGCCAGUUGGACUCGUUCUUAAAAUACCAUAUCAAUGUCCAAAAAUUAUGGAUAAAAAAUUCUACAUGGACUCACAAAUUUUCAAAUCAUCUGCAAUUCCUAAGAAUGGAUCACUACUUCUCAGCUUUUGCUACAUGGACAUUUACAGAAGGAGAUAUCCACACAGAUGUGAAGAAUACUUUAAUUACAACAGAGGCUUUGACAAAGACGCUAACUUGGUUAGCUGGAAGCAAGCCAUGGAUGCUGCUUACCUUGAACCGAUCGAAAAGCCAAGUAAAAGACUUCGAUCUGAUCAGUACGAAUUAAGAAAAUACAAUAUUGAUGGUAAGAUCCACUAUGCAGUUCUCGAUCCAAAUGGAGAAUUAUACGAUCCAGGUCGUAACCUCGUUAAAGAUAGCUACCCUUAUGAAUCAAGAUACUUCCAACAGGAUUAA